UUCUUUUUCAAGAAAACCAAAAGAAAAAAAGACACACUUUAGGAUUUUAAGUACAUAACUUGAAUCUUGAUUUUGGUUUUCUUUAUUUUCAGUUUUCUUUUUCAAGGGAAAAAGAAAAAGACACCCUUUAAAAUUUUAAGUCUAAAAAAUCAAAAAUUUUGAGCAUAAUAUAUAGCCCAUUAGUUAGACCAGACAUAAAAAAACUAAUGGCUUUUUUAGUUUAUUGUCAAGUGUGUUUGAUAUCAAUAAUCUUGAUUCCAUUCAUGUGUUGGGUGGAAUCAGUGAAUGGAAUUGGGGCUAAUUGGGGUACACAAUUAUCUCAUCCACUACCACCAAACACAGUAGUGAAGUUGCUUAUUGAUAAUGGAAUACAAAAGGUGAAGCUUUUUGAUGCAGAUUAUGGUGUAUUAAGAGCUUUGGGAAGCUCUGGAAUUGAAGUUAUGGUUGGUAUUCCUAAUGAUAUGCUUGCUACUGUUGGAGGUAGUAUGAAAGCUGCUGAAAAAUGGGUUUCUAAAAAUGUUUCUGAUCAUGUCACUAAUCAUAAUGUUAAUAUCAGGUACGUUGCAGUCGGGAAUGAACCAUUUUUAUCAACUUAUAACGGGACUUUUCUCAAAUCCACAUUCCCAGCUCUCCAAAACAUCCAAGCUGCGCUUGUAAAAGCUGGACUUGCCACCAGAAUCAAAGUCACUGUCCCACAAAAUGCAGAUGUUUAUGGGAGUGGUACAAGUGGGGUCCCAUCAAGCGGUGAUUUUCGGCCUGAUAUCCAUGAUUACAUUAUCAAAAUCACAAAGUUCUUGAAUGAUAACGGAUCACCCUUCACUGUCAACAUCUACCCAUUCAUAAGCGUAUACCUCAGCCCCGAUUUCCCGUUUGAGUAUGCUUUCUUUGAUGGGAAUGGAGCUCCUCUUAUCGAUGGUGGAACUACAUACACGAACAUGUUUGAUGCCAACUUUGAUACCCUUGUGUGGUCCCUACAGAAGAAUGGGUUCGAAAAUAUGGGAAUCAUAGUAGGUGAGAUUGGAUGGCCUAGUGAUGGAGACCGAAACGCUAAUAAUCAGAAUGCUCAACGGUUCAUGCAAGGGUUCAUGACUCAUAUAGCUGGUAAUAAAGGGACCCCAAUGAGAACAGGCCCGAUUGAUGCUUAUUUGUUUAGUUUAAUUGACGAGGAUGACAAAAGUAUCCAGCCUGGAAACUUUGAAAGACAUUGGGGAGUGUUUUACUAUGAUGGACAACCAAAAUAUAAAUUAAACCUUGGAACCAACACUUCCAAUUCUGGUGAUCUGGUUCCCGCCACAAAUGUUAAGUAUUUGCAGAGAAAAUGGUGUGUGAUGAAGGACUCGGCUAGGUUGGAUGAUCCAUCAAUCGCACAGUCAGUGAGCUAUGCAUGUGCCCUAGCAGAUUGCACGAGCCUCGGGUAUGGAACCUCUUGUGGGGAAUUAGACGCUAGAGGAAACAUUUCAUAUGCUUUCAAUAGUUAUUAUCAAAAAAAUGAUCAACAAGAUGUAGCAUGCAAGUUUCCUAAUGUUUCAAUGGUUACCAAAGAAGACCCUUCCACCGGGACAUGUCGGUUCGCGAUUAUGAUUGAACCAUAUUUUGGUGGUUCAAAUCGGUACAUUGGCUCGAUUGUGAACUUAAUCUUGGGCUUGGUUCUGUUUCUUAUCUUGGUUUGGUAAGUUUGGGCUUUUAUUGGGUCAAUCUUUGGUGAAUAGGUGAUGGAAGAUUGAAUUUUGGGUUUUUAAGAAGUUUGAUGUUGAUUAGGGAUUUGGUAGAUUUGUAAGAAGGUAGUUUAAUGACCUAAACUAUGAGAAUGCGAUUGCUAUGGAUAAAUGUUUCUUGAAA